UACAGCUAACGAUUCACUUCCAUGUCGCAACAGAGAACAAUUUUGUAGCGAAGGUUGUCCGUUCCAUCAAAUCUCUGAAAAAAAAAUACAAGUGUUUGCGACGAUGAUUCUAGCGAUUAAUCCAAAUCCACCUCCUCGUGUUCUCCGUACGAGGAACAACAGUAGCAGCUACGGUGAUUCUUUCAACCAUCACGACCUUCUACUCUUACAUUUGAAUGAAUGCAAUGAAAUAUCUAAGCUUAAAGAAAUACACGCUCAAACUCUGCGUUCCACACUGCCCAAUGAUCCCAAUACUCUCUUUAUCUACAGCAGGAUUCUUCAUUUCGCGUCCUCCAAUGAUCUUGACUAUGCUUGUCGGGUUUUUGAUGAAAUUGAGAACCCAAAUUGCUUUAUGUGGAACACUCUCAUCAGGGCAUUUGCGAAAAGCAGUGAUUGUAAAGAACGAGGGAUUCUUCUUUAUAAAAAGAUGUUGGUGCAGGGAACAUUCUUGCCUGAUAAGUAUACGUUUCCAUUUCUCCUGAAGGCUUGCGCGUACUUGACUGCUCUGUUUGAAGGGAAGCAGGCGCAUGCCCAGUUGUUGAAACUUGGGUUUGGAUCUGAUGCUUACAUAAAUAACAGUUUGAUCCAUUUCUACGCCUCUUGUGAUUGUUUAGCCGUAGCUCGAAAUGUGUUUGAGAAAAUGCCUGAGAGAAGUGUGGUUUCGUGGAAUGCGAUGAUUGAUGCCUUUGUUCAGCUUGAUGAAUUUGAAACUGCAAUGCAACUGUUCCGUGAGAUGAAGAAUUUAUUUAAACCUGAUAACUAUACAAUGCAGAGCAUUGUCAGUGCAUGUGCUGGUUUGGGGGCUUUCUCUUUAGGGGCAUGGUCUCAUGCUUAUAUAUUGAGGAAGUGUGUUCCUGAUGCAUCAACGAAUGUUCAGAUUAACAAUUCCUUGGUGGAUAUGUAUUGCAAAUGUGGGUCAUUGGAGAUGGCAAAGCAAGUCUUUGACAGAAUGCCUUCUCGGGAUGUAAACUCAUGGAACUCGAUGAUUCUUGGAUUUUCUAACCAUGGGAAGGCGGAGGCAGCAUUGGAAUGUUUUGAGUGCAUGCGUGGGGCGGGGACUACACCCAAUUCGGUCACAUUCGUUGGAGUUCUGAGUGCUUGCGACCACAAAGGUAUGGUUAGCAAGGGGCGCAAGUACUUCGAUAUGAUGAUUACAGAGUACAAGAUUGAACCCCGCUUAGAACAUUAUGGAUGCCUUGUUGAUAUUUUGGCUCGUGGCAGUUUGAUUAAUGAAGCUUUGGAUUUGGUGUCGAGCAUGCCCAUGAAGCCAGAUGUGGUGAUAUGGAGAAGUCUUCUUGAUGCUUGCUGCAAGAAAAAUGCGGACGUCGAGCUAAGUGAAGAAAUGGCCAGGCAGAUCCUUGAAUUGGGAGGGGGUGCUUAUGGUGGUGUUUAUGUGCUCUUAUCUCGUGUAUAUGCAUCAGCUAGUCGAUGGGAUGACGUUGGGCUGGUUAGAAAACUGAUGACUGACAAUGGUGUAUCAAAGGAGCCAGGAUGUAGCUGGAUCGAAAUUGAUGGCACUAAACACGAAUUUUUUGCCGGAGACACAUCUCAUUCACAAGCUGGAGAAAUAUAUAGAGUAUUGGAUGUGAUUGGAGAUAGGCUGGAGUCCAUAGGGUAUGCACCUGACUAUUCUCAAGCACCUAUGGUUGAUGAGGUCAAUGAUCGUAAAAAACAAUCGCUUAGGGUGCAUAGUGAGAGACUCGCCAUUGCUUUGGGGCUAUUACACUUGAAACCAGGCAUGCCGAUUCGCAUUUUUAAGAACCUUCGGGUGUGCAAUGACUGUCAUCAGGUGACCAAACUAAUAUCUAAAAUUUUCAAUGUUGAGAUUAUUGUGAGAGAUCGUAUUCGAUUUCAUCAUUUUAAAGAUGGUUCAUGCUCAUGCAUGGACUAUUGGUGAUAUUUAUUUUGAACUUGGCUGUAUUUAUGUAAAGUUAACUAUCUUGAGAUAUGAUAAUUCCCGAGAUUUCA